GGACAUCAUGGAAUGCUGUGAUGUCAUCAGCCAGUCAUACACAAAGACAAGGAGGCUCUCUUGACUCUCAGCUUGCUUAGCAUACUCUUACUGUGGAGCAGCUGUCUACAUCCUACUAUGUUCCGAUGAUGACAGAAAAUUGACGUCUCAUGGUGUGGAAGAAACUAUCCACAAAUAAAAGCGAGCUUAUGCUGUCUUCUUUAAAUGACCAAGUGAGGAUGAUCGCUUGCCUUGAGUAAAGUUCAUCCAGAUGACCAUCCCUCAGGAUUUUGGCACAUCAAGAUAUUUUAAGAGCAUGAAACUAUAAAGGCACCUCUGGAAGGAGAAACUACCUCCCUGCACCUCCUAAACCAGGUGCAACUCCAACGUGUACCCUCUGUCGAAGCUGCCAACGCUACCGCCACAAUGCUGCAGCAGAUUCUAAAAGACAUGUACAUCGACCCCGAUGUACUGGAGGCGCUCAACGAGGACCAGAAAAAGACGCUGUUCCUGAAGAUGCGCGAGGAGCAGGUGCGGCGAUGGAAAGAGCGUGAGGAGAAACUGGAGCGAGAAGGAGAGAGGACAAAGCCCAAAAAAGCCAACAGCAAGAAUGUCAGCUGGCUGCUGGGUCGCGACGGAGAUGUGGCCGUCAUCGUGAUCGGGGAAAUGGACGAGUUGAGUUCCAAAUUCAUCUGCUCAGGAUUGGGAGAAAAGAAGGCCCCCUGUCCACAGAACAACACAGUCAAUCAAAGCAUGUUGAAGACCAGAAUAAAUGCAGACAUCACGACUGAGAGAGAAAACCUUCCUUCUCGAACACAACCUGGAAUUUCCUUGAAUUUGAAGGCCAAAUGUGAGGAGACGAGCACUUUACACCCCCUGGCGGUGUCAGUGAGUGAGCAUUCAUCAGCGUCAGCGUCCACAACUGCACUCAAGGAAGAGAAGCCCAGGCUUCCCAGGAGAACCAACGCAGUCAUUGUGAGGCCGGCCAACGCAAACGUGGCGCCGGGACCCGUCAACGCGAGACCCGAGAUCGCAAAUCUGAGGCAAGCCAGCGCGGCGCCAUCCGAGAUGACGGCGGCUUCACGGGACUCGAUUCAGGAGUCACGGCAAGUCAAAGGUGCCGCUGCAUCGGAAGUACAUAGCAGGGCAUCCUCAGUGAAAGUGAUCUCCUCAUCAGGGAGCACCACGCCCAGCGGUGGGCGGGGCCGGGUGGCGCAAUUGAUGAAAACCUUCAGCGUGGAUAGCGGUUCCACCUCCCCGCAGGCCGCCCCCCGCACCAUCAAGCCCCCUCUUCCGACCAAGCCCAGCCACUUGUGCGUAGCCACCUCUUCUUCUGUCAGGUAAUCCCGAUGCUGACCCAAAGAAUCUCAAGAUAAGCCACACUGGACAGGAUGAGAACAUGUGGAGUAGUCAGUGGAAGGACAACUCAACCAAUGGAGACCUUUGUUACUUUGCCAUGCACAACCAAAGCACAAAAAAAAUGGAAAUGCUUGAACGUGCGCUCCAGUCACAUUGUGUUGUGAUAUACUUUUCAUGUGUGCUAUUCUUUUUCUUCCGCGAGGUGGAAUAAGGUACAGAGGGAUCCUUGCUUUAUUGGAGUCGCCUCACUCAAAGUUAUUACGGCGUGUCACAUGACUCCCUGCCUCAGUGAAGCCUGUUGAGGACCAAUGACAGUGCCAAAAAUUCUUAAUACCUUCUUAUUGGAUCAAACCCUGGCAGGUUUGAUGGUCAUUGCCAAAUGAUCCAACUCUGCUCAGUGUUAUGUCCCAGUACUAUAAUUAACAUUUGUACAGGGUCUUUUUUUAGUUUUUUUUUUAUUAUAUAUAUAUUGUUUAUAGGGAUAUCUAAUGGACUUUUUUUGUUAACACGAGGCAUAUUGGAUGUCAAGCUUGUGCGGUUGACUCUGUGGCAAUAAAAAGAUGUAUAGAAAAUUUAAA